AUGUACACACAAGACUACGCAUCAUCCUUACACGAGCCCAUGGUAUUUGAUGAACAAGACCAGUAUUCAGUCUUACGUAGCCGUAUAGACGAACUUGAUGAACGUCAGCAGCGUAUCGAAGUGAUCUGCGCUGAGAUAUUGGAGAUGUUGAAAUCAAAUGACAGCCAGCAGCAGCAACAAGUUGAAGAGACAGCAACUACAGCCAAUAGCACGGUCAAUUGGAUAAAGGAGUCUAAGACACAUAAUAUCAAGAAGGAGCAUGUUAUGCACCUGGUUAUACAGCAAGCAGGUGGAUUGGAGGGAGCAGCUGCUGAGCUGGCUAUGGGUAUGCUGACAAAAAGCGUCGUCAAAGGAUCCCUACAAUCCUUGGUUGAUAAAUGCAUCAACGAGGUUGAGCGGCUUGCUGUAGAACAUGCCAGAGUACCAUCGGACCGUUGCGUCAACCAUUGGGGUGCUCGUCAUUUUGUACGUCAAGCGUGGCGAAACUUUACCAAAAGUGGCGACGAUGAACGCAACUCGCGUAAAGAAACGCAAAGAUAUGACUUUAUGAUAUAUCCGCCUCUCUUGUCCCUCAACCUUAACAGUGCAUUAUUGUACGAUCAAUCACACAUUAAGAAGAAGGCCUCGCGUUAUUGA